AUGUCUGGCCUGCGCGUGCCUUUGCUUGUUGCAUCCUUUUUGCUGUCCAGCAGCUGCGAGUUGGAGGCCUGUGAUGACUCAGAUUUCUCAUUGAGGCAACUGCGUGCAAGGCAGUUCACGAAUGUCAGCUCGGAGGGCUGUGGUGGAUUAGAUGACCCACGCAACGCAGACUGCGCUGAUGCGGUGCAAUGGGCCUAUGAGAAAGGCAUCAAGACGCAUCCAGGUUGGUACUUCAUUCCAUUAGGCAAGAUCAGCCAAAUUGGCCCCGCAGAUGCCAAACUCAAUGAUUUACAGCGUAUUUUCUUUUGUGGUCGCGCUGGCCAAAGUGCCCCAAGGUGCGGCCUGCCUCCCUGCGGAUGCAGCCGACCACCCUGUCACAUGUGUGAGGCACCAGAGGUGGCACCAAAGCUCUCGAAGGCCUUCAACCUCAUCAAGCGCUUUGACUUCACAGGUGAUCCCAAGCGCGAGUUCGACAUCGUGCAGCUUCCGGACCAGAACAUGACCCAUUCGUGCUCCAAUUAUGUGGAUGAUGGACAGACGGUCUUCACAAGCAAUGGCCGGUUGGUCCUGAAAGUGGCUUCUGCAUGUCCAGAUGGCAGCUGUUUGAACUCAGGUAGAGUGAUGAGCAGGGAUGCCUUCACCUAUGGUGUCUUCACCUUCUCGGCCAAGGUGCCCAAGUGCAACGCUGUUUGGCCCGCUCUGUGGUUUCUGCCGCAGAGCUCCAAGGGCGAUGGGAAAUAUGGACCAUGGCCCUGCAGCGGCGAGAUCGAUUUGCUGGAGACCGUGAACGAUGACUCCCAUGGAGCCUUCAAUCUCGUGGCUGGCUUCGGCGCGGCUGCGGGGCGGUGCUAUGACCCCGCGGCGGUGAGCUGCAACGCUUGUGCUCCACCAAGCUAUUGCACUUCGACGACCUUGGCAGACGCUGAAGCCUCCCACGUGCUGGUGGAAGAUGUGGACUGCGCUGCUGGCCAGAAUUCUUGGAAGGAGCAUUUGUUCGUGCUGGUUUGGCAGCCGCAUGAGAUCUCUGCCUUCCUGGAUCCCAAGUUGUCCUUCAACUCGCAAGGUCAACUGGUCGCUAUCCAGGAGAAGAUCCGGCCAGGUGCCCCAACCUUCAAGACCUACCAGCGGGACACGACGCCAACGUGGAGUGCUGUGCAGGACUACAUGCAGAAGUGCUUUCCUGGCCCCCAUUCUCCCGAUGCACCCUUCGACAUUCCAAUGAAGAUUGUGCUGAAUAUUGCUGUUGGUGGAUACGGUGGAGCACCUUGCUACUGGGGAGAGAAGACCUGUGCGAGUAGCUGUGGUGGAGCGGUAGGUUCUGAGCUGAUCCUCUCGGACAUUAGCGUUUGGCAGUGA